ACCGGAAGUUCCCGUUCUUUCUAGGCGCUCCAUAUCAUUUCUUCUAUGGCUGAACUGAACCGUUGUUUUGAUUCGAGAAGCUAUCCUUGACAUCGAAAUCUCGCGAGACUAGCGGUAAGUCUCGCAUCUUGGACUAUUUCCGCCCGUGAACAAGAUGGCAUCCUUGUUCAGGCAUGCGUGGGCUCCUGUGCUCUUAACGCCGUGUUGGAUUAGCGUUGUGAGCCGCCGUGGCAUUCGCGGCCUAAGGAGGAAACCUGUUCGCGUGCUUCCCUCGGUCGCGGAGGCGCAGGAGAAGCAACGGAUCGUCCCGAGCAAAGUUAAGGCCACUCGCAUCCCAAAAGCGCCCCCAAAGGAGCGCCGACCGGAACCGGAACCCGAAGAGGCGGAGCUGCGUUACGAGCGGGCCGGACCCACUGAGAAAAGACUGCGGAAUUUGGUGACCCUUGCUAAGUCCAGGGCGUUUCGCGAGAAGCACGGGAGAAUUCUGCUGGAAGGGCGGAGGCUCAUUUCGGACGCUCUGGAGGCUGGAGCUGUUCCACAGACGGUCUUCUUUAGCCUAAUGGAGAACCUGAAGCGGCUACCGGCGUCCAAACUCAAACGGGCCACCCUCGUCAAAGUGAAAUACAACGAGAUCAAGACGUGGUCGGAUGUCAUCACGCCACAGGGCUUGAUCGGCAUUUUCGCCAUGCCCCAUCACGCCAAAAUGACCUACCCCGCAAUCCCGCAGGAACACGCUCUGCCCCUCACCCUGAUCUGCGACAACAUUCGGGACCCUGGAAAUCUGGGCACCAUCCUGAGGUCGGCGGCGGGAGCCGGCUGCUGCAGCGUGUUGCUCGUAAAAGGCUGCGUCGAUGCCUGGGAGCCCAAAGUCCUCCGGGCAGGGAUGGGAGCCCAUUUCCGGAUCCCCAUCGUUUCCAACCUGGAGUGGGACCUUGUGCCCAAUUACCUGCCCACCGAAAGCUGCGUCCACGUGGCCGAGAGCUGCCACGAGAGACCCCCAGAAGAGGCCGAAGGGGCUUCGCCAACACAGGCUGGUCACCGGAGCCCCAAAUCCUCGAACCGGACGUCCCGCCAGACCCCCUCAAAGGGAAGCCAGGAGAUGGAGGAGGAGGAGGAAAAACCAACCUGGCUGGAAGUCCAGCCUUAUUACAAUCCGUGGAUGGAUGCCUCUGUGGCGGUCGUGGUGGGCGGGGAGACCCACGGGGUGAGCCCCGAAGCCAGGCGGCUGGCGCAGAGGAGCGGCGGGAAGCAGCUGACCAUCCCCGUGGUGCCCGGCGUGGAGAGUUUGAAUUCUGCCAUGGCUGCCAGUGUCCUUCUGUUCGAGGCCAAGAGACAGUUGUUGGUCAAGGAAGGCGGCGCUCCCAGACUCCUGUUAAAACAAUGAGGACUAGAAUCCUCGAAUCUACACACACACACACACACACACACACACACACACGUCUCCUUCCCCUCUGACUAAACAGGACAAUUUUUGGGCAGCCCUGCGAAGGGAGAGUUGGUGGAGGAGGUUGCAAAAGGGACUGUGCCGUUGUGGGUCAGGAUUUGCACACUUUCUUGCCAAAUUCAAGAAGAGAUCGGGCGAGGUUUCCUCAUGCAGCUAGCCCUCAACGACCGUCGUUGGCUCGCAAUUUUCGUUCUAAGUCACCGCGGGCGUUAUGCAUCCAUUGAAACGUGCUGCAGCUUCACGGAAGCUUCGAAUUUUCAAUAAAAUGUUUUGAAUCGGGUUCUUCCUAUUUUUUGGGGGGCCAUCGACCAACGCCCCUGGCCUCCGACAAUGUAAUAAAACACUUGUGGUGCCCUGCCCUCUGGAUUGA